AUGUAUGAGCAAGCAUCGUUUGCUGAUAUUCCUAUAUUUACUUUGUUAUGUGCUUUAUUCAGGGAACAGGUAGAUAUAAAGAAAUUGUUCCAAAAUUUGUCAGUUGAUUUUUAAUUAUGGUGUUAACCCUUCAACCAGACAAACAGCUUUAAAUGUUGUAGGGAUUAUUAUAUUAUCCAAAAUAAUUCUGGUGGUGAUAUCCUAUGCAGAUUCAUAGGGCUUGGUGCCUUUAGGGUCGAAUAAUCAGGACUUAAAAAGCCAUCAAACAUGCCCUAAAUAAAAAUAGUUUCUAGCUAAAUCGACUCGAAUAACAAACUCUAGACUAAAACUUCUCCAAAAAUUCUUAAUACAAGAAUGAGAGCUUGA